UGCUGUGUUUACUUCCGGUCAGUUGGGAAAAAACUCCGAUGAAAUGACAGAUUUGAGCCCACGAUAAGCCUCCUAAUCUAAAUCAUUUAGAACAAAUCACAGCCGUGUAACUCCUGUAAUCGCUGAAUAAAACUGAACGAUCUGCCUACCUUUGAAGAAGAGGUCUUUUUAAAAAAAAUUGGAGGCCACGAGGAGGUGCAGCGCAUAUGGAUUGGUUAAUGGGAAAGACUGCAAAAUCAAAGCCAGAUGAAAAGCUGCCAUCGACUGAAGAGAAGAAGUUGUAUCUCGAGGCAGAAUACGCCUCUGCUCGAGUGUCUGAUGCAGAUUUACCCAUGCUUGUGAGCUUGCCCAGAGAAAUUGACCAGAAUGAAUGGUUGGCUAAUAACACAAUGACAUUCUUCAAUCACAUAAAUCUGCAGUACAGUGCUAUCUCUGAAUUCUGCACAGCAGAAAGCUGUCCUGUAAUGAAUGCAUGUAAUGUUCAAUACUUCUGGAUAGAUGAACGAGGGAAGAAAAUAAAGUGUACUGCACCACAGUACAUUGACCUGGUGAUGACGCACAUCCAAAAACUAUUGACUGAUGAGGAAAUCUUCCCUACUAAGUAUGGUAAAGACUUCCCGAGCUCUUUUGAAUCACUCGUCCAGAAGAUCAGCCGCUACCUCUUCCAUGUUCUUGCUCAUAUCUACUGUGCUCACUUCAAGGAAGUUGUGGCCCUUGAACUGUACCCACAUCUCAAUACCGUGUACAUGCACUUUCUGAUCUUUGUCAGAGAGUUUAAUCUCAUUGACCCCAAGGAAAUGGCUGUGAUGAGGGACUUAACAGAUGUUCUCCUCUGUGGUACACCGCAGCCCCAGAACCAUGUGAACCACAGAUGAACCAGGCGGCCAGUGCAUCUCGUGGAUAUUAGAAAUAUUUUCUUUAGUGGAAAGAAUAAUAACUUAAGGAAUCAUGUUGCCCAUGGCAACGUUGAAGAAAUAUGUGACCAACAGAUCAGUGAUACCAAGUGGCCCAAAGUGGUGACUGUGUUGAAACCCCUACCCAUACAGCAGUUAUCCUUUCUGACAGCCUCACUGACUAUUAACUUUUAUCUAAUGAAAAGGUGUCAAUUUUUUCUCCCCCGCCACCCCCAACCCCCCCCCCAACCGACUUCAGACCGCCAGUGACAGCAAGUCAUGAGUUUUUUUUUCACUUCUGCGGAAGAUUCUCAUAACUUGCUCGCUGCCAGUUAUGGAUCUGUCAGUGUUCAGGAAAUAACAAACACUAUGCACUGUCACAUCCGAAGUAUCCGUUUAGGUGCUCACUUACCACUCUAGUCUGGCACGGUUAGUGCCCUGAAUGCCAUAAUUGUGCAGGCAGCAGAAAUGAGAUCAGAAAGUUCUUUUGGAAAAAUGCCUAAUGGGAUAGAACAGAUAAAGGCUUCUGUAGUGUGCAUGUAGGUUUGUUUUAUUUCCUUCAUUAUUGACAAUUCCUGGAGUAUAUUUGUAAGUGAGUUGGAGACGGUUUUUGCUUUACUCCUUUCUCCUUUCCCUACUGCUCCCCCUUUUUCUAGUGCCAUUAAAUGAGCUUUAUUGAAGAUUUAAUGAUCUUAGUGGGUUUGAGAUACCUUCAUGACGUGCAACUUGUUAUACAUCCUGCAUGCAUUCUUUGAAUUAUUGGUGAAUUUAGAAGUGGCCCUGCACUCGCUCAGUCUCAAAAAAAAGUACCCAUGGUGAUUUGAAUGUUCCCUAAAACUGGUAUAUAUUUGGCUCAUGCAAGCAUUGGGUUUUCCUGCUCAUCAGAUGAAAGGAACCCAUCCUGGGAACAGAACACUUUCCAUUGUUGGCUCAGGUACACGAUAAUAGCAUGUACUUGUUGCAGAGUAAUAUCCCCUCUCCCCUGUCUCGACAACAUACUUCAGCCCCAGUCUUGGGAAAAACUACAGCAAUAUGGCAGUUUUCCAUUUUCCACAGAGUGCAAAUUACUAGACAGGAUUGAAUUAGGGCUGGUUUGCACUGUAGUCCAUGUUGAUGGGGCAGGAUUAAGACUACUAUCAAUUCUAAGUCUUUAAUUUUAGCAUAACAUAUUACACUACUGACUUGGCUUGGUGGGAUAGGUGAAAAUAUUUCCACAGAUGAUAUUAGAAUUGUGGGUAUGAAUCACCUCCUGCUUGUGCCUAUGGGUUUAAAGUCAUCUUGUUAUUUAUGAGAGUUUUACUCUGUUUUGCCCUUUGGAGCCAAUAUAAGCUUUAACAUGAUCGAAUGAAAACAGCAUCACAGGUGGAGGUUCUUGCUUACUCUCUUCUGGUAGCAAUGAGAUUAUAUCGUUUGGAAGGUGGUAGGAAAUGUGAUUAAUGGAAAACAGUGGUUUAAGUUGUGAAACUCUUUAAGACUGUGGCUCUUCUCCCUUUUCCAUUGCUCGCAUUAAUAUUUUUAAUCUUCUUCUAUAUGGGGGUAUGACCACAAGACUACUAAAUAAAACGCACCUACUGGCCUGCCAGUGUUUUCCUGUUGUGCUAGCAUGAAAUUGCUAAGGCCAAAGAAAAGUUGGGUCAUGAGAGGUUUCCUCAAGAUUUUGGUAUUUGUCCUGUAUUUUUCAGAGAUCUUUAAUUCUGAAACCAAUUUAAGAAUCUUAUUUGUAGUGGACUGGUUAGUGUGACCUCUAAGGAGGUUCUGUUUAUUUUCUCCUUUUCCCAUCAUCAAGCAGAAGUUUUACUACACUGCAGUUUGUAAAAAUUUUUUUUCUCGGUUCUCUUUAAUGGAAGCUUCUUAAGAACUGGAAACGAAUGCUAGCUAUUUCACAGAGACCACUGUGACACCAGAUCAUUAUAACACCUUUUGAGAGUUGUUCCAUUGCUUUUGUUAGUUUGUGACUGACAAUAAAUUAUGGAGAGCAGAGUAAGUAAAACACAGAUUUUGCUUACUAGCUAUAACUCGAGUGCCCAUGGGUUAUUGUUUGUUUUCAGAUGUUUGCACUUUCAAAGUUUUCAAUAGCUAUAAUUCGAGUGUUUUAUUGUUCUCUACGACAGUAGGGGUAGGAGUAUACCCCAGUCAGGAUUAAUUCCGCCAGGGAAGGAAGGAAUGGUAGGAUAUGUACACUGUUGACCACUAUCAAAUCAGUUAUGAUUUCAACUAUCUCUGCUUUGGAUUUUAGAGCACAGCUGGUAACAUCUUGAAAUGUGUAAUUUUACAGUGAAGGCCACAGCGUUUGAAAGGAGGUACGGGGUUAGUGGGGGAAUACCUGCUUGUAAAACUAGUCUGAUUCAGUGGCGCCGUUGGCACAAUCUGUCAGUGACUCGUGAAGUCGACUGGGUUUAUGAGGUGCCAGAGUUUCUGGGUCUAAUUUUUAAUGAUUGUAACAAGGCAAUAUACUUAAAGACAUUUAUUAAGUAAUUGAUUUUUAUUAACUUGCUGAUUUACUUCACAGUAAGGUGGCCUGUGCAAAUGUUAUAAAAUAUUUAAAAGUUUCACCAACAGUUAGAGGAUUUGAUUUUUGUUUGUUUCUUCUAUUAGUGCAAAUACUAUUUAUUUUUGGCAGUUUGUGUUCCUUUUGUCAACUGGAGCAGAACAUAGGUUGUAUCAACACUGCUUAGAGUGACUAGCUGGUGGCUUGGAGCACCAGAUAGCACCAGUGUUCUUCUCCAUUUAAACGAGUAUUCAAUUGGUGGGGUCAAAUUUGGCAUGUUUACUCUACAGGAAUUUCUCUGUCUCUCUCUGCUGAGCACUCUUCUGAGCAAACCAGGAGUAGGUGGGCAUGGCAGGUUCAGGAUGUUUGUGGGUCUAGAAUUGGGGAUAACAAUGCUGGUUUUAAUUCUCUGAUGCCCAAGAGACCAACCCUAUUCAGGAUCUCUGGAUCUUGCAAACCUACAAAGACUGGCUCAGGACAAAUGUAAUUGAGCAUCACACGUGGUCCCUGUCCUGAUACGUGAGACAGCAGUAAGCUCAAAGAGACGGUUUGGAGAGGAAAGGAACUGCCUACAUCUGAAUAAAGAAAGGAUUUGCGGUUUGGGUAGUUACAAUGCCAAACUAUUUUUGUGAAUAUGGUUCGGGGACUCGAUAAUUAGAAAUAUGACAUGUCCCUUGUCAUUUAUAGAAACUGUGCCUGUAUGAUUGGGAGUGAGGGAUUUGCAAACCAAGGAGGCAUCUCUGGGCUGAAUUCAUGAGAGUUGCAAGUAUGAAUGAGUUGUAUUGCCUGAUGCCACUGAAUUUAUUUUAACAUCCAGAUUUAUCACUCCCUAAUGUAUCCACUGUACAUUGUGUUAUUAAGUGCAGGACGUCCAUAUUACUGUUUUUGAUUUUUUUUUGUAUGCAAAGAUCUUGAGAAAAAUGUGUAGUAAUGAUUGGUGACAGAACUCAGAGUGUUGACCAAGUAGCAGGAGUGGUCACGUGCAUUAAUUACAUGUAACAUAUCAGGGUUGAAGGUAAUAUUGGACUGCGCUGAUGUGUUUGAGUGAUAAUGAAGCCAGUCUAUCUCUCUCUCUCUCUCCCUCUAUCUCUCUCAUUCUGAAGCUAUGACAUCCUUUUUUUGAGGUGGCAUAGGUAGGAUUUUAUUUUUUUUUAUAAAUAUCAAAUUAUUGAGCAGAUGUGUGUGUUCUCUAGAAGGUUCACACCUAGGCUAGUGGACUGGAACGCAACUGCUUGACUUUUAGGGUAUAAGCUUAGCCAUUUGGUGUGAUUACAAGACAGAACUUACCUCAUUCCAAAGAAAGCAAAGAGUUUUGGGUUUACUGUGGGGAAGACUCCUCGAUCUCCAUGGCUGGAGUGUUGGAAAAGUAUUGGCAAUGAUUUCUUUUUACAUCAUCUCAUCUCUGAACUUGCAUAUCUGUGCUACUUCUGAGCUUGUAAUGAGGAUGCUUGAGAUAUUGCCAGGUGUGAUGAAUUGAAAUGAGACACCAAGACAAAUUGCACACCAGUUGUCUUUCGUAUAAUUUGAUUGCUUAUAGACUUUUAGAUUUAUUUCACCAUUGUUAGGAGGCCUUAGGCUUGGGAUCAGUGUGAACAGAUAGUGUGGGGUCCUCCACUGUGAGUGCAGUCAGAGACUUGCUGACAGGAAACUUACAUAGAGAUAGUGCCAGAUCAAAAGGCAUGCUUUGGCUUCAACCCAUAACUGCACUGAUGGUGCUAGCUUGUUGCUAUGAUUUAAUUUACAGAAAGCCCAAGGUAGUCUAUUAAUACUGGAUGUAAUAUAACUCUUAAGAUCAUACAUUGCGUCUCAUAAGAAAACUGAAAAAUAAAAAAUAAUUUUAACAUUG